UCGUUAAUUAGACGUUUGUCCACUUUCCUCUUAAAAGUCAUAACCCAGUGUUUAUCCUUGUGUUCGUAUCAUCUUUAUUUAUAACCAAUGUACAAUUAUCAGUAUAUUAUUGUAAGUAUUGCACGAAACACUUCUCAACCGAUAAUAUGAAGUUAUUAAUUCUGCUAGCCGUCCUUACUCUGACCCAAUCUCGAUAUACAGAAGAUAAAUGUAGCGGUAUCAUUGCACAUAACAUUAAACAUGAAAAGGAAGUAUUGAAAUCUGGCCUGACGAGUCCCUACCAGCUAGCCAUGGACUACGAUACAAACACGGUAUUCUUCAGUUACUCUUCAGAAGGUGAAAACGUUUUUGAAUCAGCAUUCAUUAAUUUGAAAACAAAUGAAUUCAGUAACAUUCCUGGAAUCAGCGGAGGUUUUGCAAACGCAGUAGACAGUAAGAAAAACAUUGUGUAUUUAGGAGGAAGAGACGGGAUAUAUAAAUAUAAUUACGCAUCAAAAAAGGCUGAACAUUUACACACAACUAAUGAUAACAUUUGGCAAUUGUUUUAUAAAGACACACUGUAUUAUUCGAGGUAUCCUGAUGAAAAUGCGUUUGUAUUCAGGAAUGAUAAAUUUGAAAAGGUUCCUGAGUUGCAGAAUACUAGAGCAUUCUUAAUUGGUUUAGACAAUUAUGGAAACAUUUACUUUUCAAACUCUUCUGGGUUGUUUUACUAUAAAAAAUCAAACGGCUUAAUAGAUUACAUUGGAGACUUUAAUGUCAAUGGUUUUACAUCAGAUUUGAAUGGAAACUUGUAUUUCUCAACACCUGAUGGAAUUUUCUACAUUAAUGUUAAUAAAAAGGAAGUGGAAAGAAUAGCAGAAAUUGAUAGCAUUUACGGCCUGGCGAUAGAAGGAGAUGGAAACAUAUUAUAUGCAUCAUAUGACAGUAUCAUCAGAUUAAAGGCGACUAAAAUCUUUUGUCCUGUAGAAGAAUACAAAAUUUCUUUUGCAGCUUAAUCUCAAUUUUGUUACUACUUCCUUUAUUAUAUAAAUUUUUAUCAAA